AUGAAGUCUGUGUACCAGGUCGGGCCCGUGUGUGCCCUGACCGUUUUCAUGGACAGGUACCUGUUUGCUGGCGAGGGGCCGAACUUGGUGGUGUACGAAAUAACCACCGGCAAGCAGAUUGUAUGCCAGCCCGUCUUUUCCCGCAAUAAGAUCCAUGGAAUCAGUGUUUUUGGCUCAGAUCUGCACACGGCUCAACUCUGUGUCUGGGGCGGUCGAACGCUUGCACUAUUGGCGUGGCGGCAGCUGCUGGAAGGCGAUAUUGAUGAGCUCAUGAUUGGCGACUGGAUCAAGGACGCACAGUUUUCACUGGACGGCGCCGUGGUGUACUGUCUGCAUUCGCAUAACGUCGUGGUUGCCGUCGACGUGGCAAGGAAACGGCUCUUGGAAACGCGCAGUUGCGGCGAAAAAAGCAUUCUGUACACGGGGUGUCUCCGAGUUCUGCCCAACAGGGUGCUGGUGUGCGCAGGAACCGUUAUGGACGGCAUUCUUGUGUGGAGCUACGACGACUGUCAGGUGGUGCACAGACUGCAGGGACACAUGGGCUCGAUUUUUGGUCUGUGCACGAGCAAUGACGGACGCUGGCUGGUCAGCUGCUCGGACGAUCGGUCGAUCAGGGUGUGGAAUUUGGGCUCGGGCGAGCAGGUGGCUACCGGCUGGGGCCAUGGUUCCAGGAUCUGGUGGCUGCGAGUUUAUGCCGAGGAAGAGGGCAAAUUUAGUGUUCUGAGCGGCUCGGAAGACUUAACUUGCCGCACGUGGCGGUUUGAGCAGGACAACGAGGCGCUGGAGCCGGUCGACGUGUUCGAGACGCACACUGGUCGCAACGUCUGGAGUGGCGCAGUCUGCGAUGCUCUGGGGCUGGGGAUCAGUGGCGGUGCAGACGGUGCGAUCACAGUCAGCGAUCUGGCCGAGACUCAGCGCGAAGGGGCCGUCAGCACGGCAUGGACGCUGGAGCAGAUUGCAGAGCAGACCGGUGCGACGUUUGCACGUGACGAGAUCGUCAAGGAGUACUAUGACACGGGUUCUGAGCUGGUAGCUGCUACCAGCCGCGGGAAGGUGUUGCGGUUGCGGAACGGCUUGUGGGAGCUGGUUCUGACAGAUACGCGGUUUGAAAAGUUCUCGCUGGUGCGUGGAUUUGACACUGGCGUUGUACUAAUUGCAAACAAGAUGGGCGACUUGCUGAUUUUGGGGGAUGGUAGCACUGCAGAGCAGAAGAUAAAGUUUGAGCGCGGCGUGCUGAGCAACAUGCUGACAGCGACUAGAAAUGGCCGGCAGUUUGUCUUGGUCGAGAACGUGUUGGAAGAGCCGCUGGUGUUACUGGAAAUUGCCCAAAUGACCGUUGUUUCGGAGCGCAGACUAAGCAAGCCGGCCGGAAAGUUUGCGACGAGCGCGUUUGACGUGGACGUGGCGUCCGGCGCGGUGGUUGUUGGGUCGCGAUUUGCAACCCUGGCCGUUUUUCUGGGUGAUGAGCAGCCCGCAGAGCCCCGAGUCUGGCGCAACUUCCUCAAAGGUGACACCGUUUCGAGCGUGGAGAUUUUGGAUUCUGCAUCGCUCGAGACGCUCGUGGUCAUGAAGGACCGCGAGUAUGGCGUUGUGCGGUGUGCAGGAGAGCUCGAACUGCUGCAAACAAACCGGCUCCAGCGCGGGUUCCUCGAAGGUGGCUAUUUCGAGGACGGCGACUUGUUGCUGUACGGAUUCCGCUCCGAUACGUUUUUCCUGUGGAACGAGACGAAACAGCUUGAGCUGCUGCGUGAGACGUGCGGCGGGCCCCAUCGCCAGUGGAGCUUCCGCCACGGCAGCUGCGGGGGCCACCGUCUUUUCUACACGCGAAGCUCGAGCGUGCAUUUCCGGCAAACCGGCGCGCGCAUCGCGCCGGAAACUCUGCGCACCGGGUUGCACGGGCGCGAAAUCCGGUCCGUGGCCGCGUGCCAGACCAGCACGGGGCAUCUGCUUGUGACCGGGUCCGAGGACACUACGGUGCGGGUGUCGCGCCUGACCGUCGACGGCAGCGUCAUCCCGCUCUGGUGCGAGCGCCAGCACGGCUCCGGGCUCCAGGCCGUCCAUUUUGUCAACAGCGACUACUUUGUCAGCUCCUCGGCCCGCGAAGAGGUGUAUCUGUGGAAACUGUGCGACGAGAAGUACGUGCGGCUGCAUCGCACGAUCCGGCCGCGCAGCAGCAACCCAGAGACCAGGGUCAUGGACUUCGACGCCUUCGAGGUGCGCCAGCACGGCCGCGUCGCCGGCUUUUUGCUGGCUGCGGUGUAUUCGGACUCGAGCGUGCGGCUGUGGUACUACAGCUACGAGCUGAACACGUUCCGGCUGGUUGUGGAGGACGUCUACGCGAGCUGCUGCGUGCUACGCGUGCGGCUGGUGGUGCUGGACGCGAUCUACGUGGUUUUGGCAGCCACCAACGGCCAUCUUGCUGUGUACAGGGCAGGCGACGGCGACGGUGUGUUCGACGUCUGUGGCGGAGCCGUCGAUCUUGUGGCGGUGCCGCGCCAGGCAGCGGAGGUGCCCCAGUUGGAGCAGCUGCUGAUCAACCAGCAGAUCCACCAAUCGUCGAUCAAGUCGUUCGACCUUGCCGUCGACGGCCACACAGCGCUCAUUGUUACCGGCGGCGACGACAACGGCAUGGCGGUGUCGACGCUCGACUUUGCGGCCGUCGAGCUGUCCACCACGUACGUCGCCAGCACCGCCUCGUCGACGAUCACCGACGUGGUGCUGUGCGGGCCAAACCGCGUGCUGACCACGUCCGUGGACCAAAUGGUGCGUGUGUGGCGGGUGCCGCAGCUAGAGCUCGAGACAGAGCAGUACACCACGGUCGCCGACACGGGGUGUGCGUGUCUGGCAGGGGACUUGGUGGUUGUUGGCGGAGCCGGGCUGGAGGUUUUCCAAAUAGACAUAUGA